GAAUAAUUCUUGGCUUCGAGUCAUCUUCACUAGUUUGACUCACUCUAAAACUAUUCCAAUGGAUGAGCCACACUUGUUGAGGGGAAAAUGAAAGCUUACGCCACAUUAAUGCUGUCUGCUUGACCGACGCGCGGCUGCUUUCAGCUUAAUCACCAACCACAGCUCUUCAGUCUGGCGUAUUCCAAGGCUCGUACCAUCUUUGUGUGGGAUACGUCAACAUCUUGUUGACUGAAAAUAGGUAGGUUUGUGUUUCGUUGCCGUUUUUGCCUCCCCGCUAGUUUUGGUGUUGAGGUUACGCACCUACUGGCUUGCCUCGAAGUCUGAUGGCCGUGGGAAGAGGUAUAUAUUCCUUGAUUCCACCCUCGUUUUUUGGAUUCUUUCCUUACUCUAUAUCAUCAUCAUCAUUGUCAAUUCAUCAUGGAAUUCAACAACCAAAACAACAAUCAACAAACAGGUCCCUUUUGGGAUUUUGUACGCUCAAUGCAACCACAAAACUCUGGAGCUGGUGUCGAUCACCCUUCGCAAGAGUUCAAUAUGCGGGGUCCACCAGAAGGGCCUCAUGGUCCUCAUGAAUAUCAUGGACGGCAUGGUCCCAGGGGUGCUCAAGGCCCUAGGGGUGAUCAUGGUCCACAUGAAUUUGGUCCAUUUGGCCCAUUUGGGUUUCCUUUUGGCGGACCAGGACCAUUUGGAAGAGGUGGGUUUGGGCCAAGAGGAAGACACGGCCACAGAGGUCACCGUUCCUUCUCUCCAGGUAGAGACGGAGAAUACACCGAGGGAGAAGGUAAAGACGGAUUUCGAGGACAUCAUCAUCAUGGCAGAGGCAAACAUGGACGUAGAGGCGGAGAAGAAUCUGGUGAGGAAACCCCAACUUCUGACACUGAAGCAGGAGAGGAAUCUCCAAGGCCACGUCGGGGCCCUCGAGGUUGUAAAGGCAAGGGACAUUGUCGCAGAGAUGGAGAGACAUCAGGUGAAGAGUCAUCGGAUGUUGAACUAAGAGAAGGAUCAAAAGGCCCGGAAUCAUGUCGAGGACCUAAACGUCAUGGACGUCAUGGGCCAGGCAGCCGAGGAGGAUGGGGUGUUCGAGGUGGAGGUAGAGGUGGGCCACACGGAGGACCUCAUGGGGGACCACAUGGUAGGGGAGGACCUCAUGCUUGGGGUGGACCUCACGGACCUCACGGAAGACGCGGCCCACCUCCAUUCGCCGGCCCAGGUGGCCCAUUUGAUUUUGGUGCAAUGAUACAAGCACUCUCCUCUCACCCAAUCGCACAGGCAUUUGGCGUACCUGCCGCUCAACGCUCUGGCGAAACACUCGUUCCCGAAGAUGCUGACACAGAGAACUCUUUUGUUCCCCCCAUUGACGUUUUCACCACUGAAGAUGCAUAUGUCCUCCACAUUGCGCUCCCGGGUGCCAAGAAAGAAGAUGUAGGUGUACACUGGGAUGCUGAGAAAGGAAUGUUGAACAUGGCAGGUGUGGUAUACAGACCAGGAGAUGAGAAAUUCCUGGAGACUCUCACAAAGAAGGAGAGAAAGGUGGGUGCUUUCGAGCGCACUAUGAAAUUGCCCCUCAACGAAGAAGAUAAAUCCGAAAUUGAUGGUGAUAACAUUACCGCCAAGUUGGAGGAUGGUGUUUUGGUCGUCACUGUACCAAAGUUGGAGAAGGAAGAAUCUUGGACUGAGGUCAAGAGAGUCGAUAUCAAUUGACUAGAUUUGGAUAAUAACACAGGGUCUGUUCGGCUUAGCUGGGAGGUUUGAUUUUACAUCGUUCUCAUUUCACGGAUUCUUCUUUCUUAAUAGUUAGGGUUUGAAUAUUGGCAUCGGUAUCGUGAUUGGAUUUAGCAUAGUUACCAUAAAAGGUCCCUUGGUGGACUGGAAAAUAACCAAAAAAACGCCACUCGGCAACA